UGAAGUGCAUAGGCUUGAGGGGCAGCUGAGAAAAGAGCGGUCAGGAACGUAAGAAGAUGUGGUCUGAGAGGGGCAGAGGAGAGAUUAGAUAGGGAGCAGAGGCAGGUGAAGACCAGGUCUACUGUCUGUCUCUGUGGGUGGCUGUGGAGGACCAUUGUGUGAGGCCCAUGGAGGCAGUAAGAGCAUCAAUAAGGAUGUUGAAAUCCCUGAUUAUAAAGGAGCGGAUGUCUGCAGAGAGGAAUUUAGAAAGCGGUCUCGUGGGGCCGGUCAUGGCGAUCUGCAGCUUGUCUCGCGUCUUUCGAACACUAACAGUGACCUGCAGCCAAACAGCGCCCCCUGUGCUCCGUCAGCAGGCUGCACCCUCCUCACUGCUGCCCUUCAGAGGUCUUCUCACCACAUCGCACCUUAACGCCUUAGAGAUAUGGAAGCCACCUGCCAAGUACACUAUCAAUCCCAUAGGAAAGAGGAAGACAGGAGGCCGGGACCACACUGGUCGCGUCCGUGUGCGUGGUAUUGGAGGGGGACACAAGCAGCUCUUCCGGAUGAUUGAUUUUCACAGGCUAAACUAUGAGUCUGGACGGGAGAAUGCCCCGUUCCAGGAGAAGGUGGUGGAAGUGCGCUACGACCCAUGCAGGUCAGCGGACAUUGCUCUGGUGGCCGGAGGGAAGCGGAAACGCUGGAUUAUUGCCACAGAGAACAUGAAGGCCGGAGACUUGAUCACUUCGUCCGGGAACAUUGGACGCAUGGCAGUGUCUGCAGAGGAGGGAGAUGCUCAUCCGCUCGGAGCACUGCCGAUCGGCACCCUGGUGAACUGCCUGGAAGUGAUGCCGGGGAAAGGUGCUCUGUUAAUCAGAGCUGCGGGCACAUGUGGGGUGUUGCUGAGGAAGGUGAAUGGAACGGCCAUUGUGCAGCUGCCCUCCAAGAGACAAGUUCAGGUGCUGGAAACCUGCGUGGUCACCGUGGGCCGUGUUUCCAAUGUUGAUCACAACAAGCGAGUGAUCGGCAAGGCCGGGCGCAACCGCUGGUUAGGAAUCCGACCAUCCAGUGGUCUCUGGAAGAGGAAGGGCGGCUGGGCCGGACGCAAGAUCAAGCCACUGCCCGCUCUAAAAAGCUACGUGACGUUACCAAGUUCCAGCCCAGCACCGCGGAACUGACCACCCGACUGACUGCCAUAGUCUCUUCAUAUGGGAAGGGCGGAGUCUACAGGGAACCGCAGGACCGUAUCUCUUCAUCCACCUGUGCUGCCUCCUGACCAUGUUGUGUCAUAUCAUUAGGUGGCAGUGCUGAGCUAAUGGGCGCUGCCAUGAGACCGCUGUUAGGACUGGUGGAGUUGUGUGCGUCAAAUAAACUAAGUAAACCUUGUAUAAUACAUUUAUAUUACUAUGAUGUAAUGUAGUAACAUUGUCUCUAAGGCUAUAGACAUAUGUCCA